AUGCCGCUCUACACCAAAUUCAUGAAGGACAUUCUCACCAAAAAGGGGAAGUACAUUGAUAAUGAGAGCAUUAUAGUGGGAGGCAACUGCAUUGCGGUGAUACAAAGGAACCGACCCAAGAAAUUUAAAAACCCUGGGAGUGUGACAAUCCCUUGCACCAUAGGGAAUGAAUCAGUAGGGAAGGCUCUCAUUGACUUAGGGGUAAGUAUCAACUUGAUGCCCCUAUCAAUGUGUAGAAGAAUUGGAAACCUGAAGAUAGAUCCUACCAAGAUGACGCUCCAGCUCGCAGAUCGAUCAAUCACCAGACCAUACGGGGUAGUGGAAGAUGUCCUCGUCAAAGUCCGCCACUUUACUUUUCCGGUAGAUUUUGUCAUCAUGGACAUAGAAGAAGAUAAAGAGAUUCCUCUUAUCUUAAGCAGACCCUUUAUGCUAAUUGCCAACUGCGUGGUAGAUAUGGGGAAUGGUAAUCUGGAAAUGAGUGUCGAUGACCAAAAGGUAACCUUCAACCUUUUCGAAGCAAUGAAAUACCCAAAGGAAUAUAAAAGGUGCUUCAAGGUGGAGGAGGUCGAUAAAGAAGACAUCGAUGCUCUUCAAACCACACAAACUUCACUGGAGAAAGCUUUGAUCAAUGUUGUAGAUUGUCUAACCAGUGUAGAGGAGAAGGAUCUAAGGUCUUACUUAAAAGACUUAGAUCAUGAAGAAGAUAUUCUUGUAGGGGGGACUAGUUUUGAAGAAUUGAAAAAUGGGAGUCCAUCCAAGAAGACCAAGAUGGAGCUAAAAAUCUUACCCAACCACCUAAAGUAUGUGUUCUUGGUGGAGAACGAGACCAAGCCUGUGGUGAUCAACAGUAAGCUAACAGUAGAGGAAGAAAACAUGUUGGUAGAGGUCCUUAAGAGACAUAGAGAGGCAAUAGGGUGGCACAUAUCAGAUCUAAAAUGA